AUGCCACCGAGAAAAACCGCAGCGGCGAAGAAAGCGGCUGCAGCUGCUGCCGCCGCCGAGAAGGCCGAGAAAGAAAAAGCUAAAGAAGAAACUGUUGUCGAUGUUCCUCCUCCUUCCGCUGAAGUCGGCGAUAAACGAGAGCGAGAGGAAGAAGAACCGCCGGCAAAAGAAGAGGAGAAAAAAGCAAAAGUGGAACCGGAAAAUGGCGGCGAGGAGGAAGUGGAUCCUCCAUCUGCUUCGGCGGCGGUGAUGGCAGAGGAAGCGGAGGUGGCGGAGAAGAAAUCACCCACGUGGACGCCGGUGAAACUCGGUCCGAAAACGUUCGACACGCCGGAAGACGCGAUCAAAUACAUCUCCUGGUUGUUAAACACGGUCACGAUGCAUCAAGACUUGAACGAUUACGAACGUUUGGUGGUUGAAGGGAUGUUGAGGCGAGGGCACGAGGACGCGGAGAAAAAAAUCGGCGAGAGCGGGAUUAAAUCCAUACAAGUGAAGGUGCACCAGGAGCAUGAUUCGAAGUGUUAUUACGUGGUGAGGAAUGACGGGUCGAGGUCGGAUUUUUCGUACAGGAAGUGCGUGGAAGGGUGCUUUCCCGGAUGGGAUAAAAGCAACGCGAGCAAGAGCGAGUAUAAACCGGAAGGGAGAGGAAGGCACGGCGGAAGAGGCGGUGGUAGGAGACACCAUGGCGGCGGCGGCGGUGGUGGUGGAUACAGACGCUACUAA